AGUCGAUACGAAGGUUUGCCAUAGAUCAGCUCCCCCACACGCUACUAGACGCAGCCUCUGUCGUCUCACUUCGACCUAUACCCCAGACACGCGGAAAUGGCGUCUGUUGUAGGCCAGAGGCGUGAGGAGGACAUGGCUGAAGAGCCCUCAAAAGCGCCGUAUCCACCGGAGAAGCAACAAGAUGAGCACGCCCAGCAAAUGAGGGAUCUCAUCCAAGAUGCGAAACAGGCCACAGAAAAAGAGCACCGGAUGACCCUAUUGCAGGGCAUCCGGCUCUAUCCGAAGGCUAUUGGCUGGAGUGUCCUCAUAUCCACGUGCAUUUGCAUGGAGGGUUACGAUGUCUCCCUGGUUAACAACUUCUACGCGUUCGAGCAAUUCAAUCGGAAGUAUGGAGAGCAGCUACCCGAUGGAACCUGGCAGGUACCUGCUCGAUGGCAGGCAGGUCUUAGCAACGGUGCCACUGUAGGCGAAAUCAUCGGACUGUUGCUGAACGGCUGGGUUUCCGAGCGUUUUGGAUAUCGGUAUACUGUCAUGGGGUGUCUCGUCCUCAUCAUCGCCUUUACCGCCAUCUUCUUUACGGCACAAGAUGUCGUUGCGCUGCAGAUUGCCGAAAUCCUCUGCGGUAUUCCCUGGGGUGUGUUCCAGACGCUCACCAUCACCUACGCUUCAGAAGUCUGCCCGGUUGCCCUUCGAGGAUAUCUGACAACGUACAUUAACUUCUGCUGGGGCAUCGGUCAAGAGAUCGGCAUUGGUGUCAUCAUGGGAAACAUGUGGCGGACGGACGAAUGGGCCUAUCGAAUCCCCUAUGCUCUACAGUGGAUGUGGCCUCUUCCACUGCUCGUCGGAAUCUAUCUUGCCCCUGAAAGUCCCUGGUGGCUCGUCCGGCGGGAAAAACUCGAUGACGCCAAGAAGGCUUUACUUCGAUUGACGAGCUUGGACAAGGAAACCGAGUUCGACGCCGACGAGACAAUUGCCAUGAUGGUUCACACGACAGCCCUCGAGCAAAAGAUAACCAAAGGAGCAAGUUAUCUGGAUUGCUUCAGAGGUACCGACCUCCGCCGCACAGAAAUCGUCUGCAUGGUCUGGGCAAUUCAGAAUCUCAGUGGCAAUUCCUUCUCCAACUAUUCCACUUAUUUCUUGGAGCAAGCCGGCUUAUCCUCAAGUAACGCCUAUGCAUUCGCACUAGGCCAGUAUGCCAUUAACUGUGUCGGCGUCUUCGGUGCUUGGGGACUCAUGAAAUGCGGGAUUGGUCGAAGAUCACUGUAUCUUUAUGGCCUUAUAAUGCUGUUCUUUAUGCUCCUCAUUCUUGGCUUCCUAGGACUAGCACCUGAUCGAACCAAAGCAUCUCUGGCAACAGGGGCAGUCAUGCUGGUUUGGGCCCUGUGCUACCAACUUACCGUCGGAACUGUGUGCUACUCGUUGGUAUCAGAGAUUUCCACAAGAAGACUGCAGAUCAAGACUGUUGUUCUUGGGCGUGUUCUGUACAAUAUUGUCGCCAUUGUUUGUGGUGUUCUCACGCCCUAUAUGCUGAACCCGGGUGCCUGGAAUUGGGGCAAUUUCACAGGGUUUUUCUGGGCCGGCGUCUGCUUCCUGUGUAUCAUAUACACAUAUUUCCGGGUCCCAGAGCCAACUGGUCGAACAUUCGCUGAGCUGGAUCUCCUCUUCGAGAAGCGCAUCGGGGCGAGAAAAUUUGCUUCUACCGAAGUGGACGUUUUUGGAGAGGCAUUAGACCCAGGGCUGGCCGACAUAUAUCGGGACCAGAUUGCCAUCGCCAAUUUGGAGAAAGACCUGAAGCUGCAAUGAAAUGCCGCUGUAAAGGGUUACAUGUUGCUAUUGAUGACCAUAUACUGAAGAUUGUCACUGGAAACCAUGCAAAUGUAAUUAUAUUUAGAGUUGAGUCAACACUCUGUGGCAAGUUGAACCUCGC